GGUCUGUCACUGUCAAAUUAAAAAAGGGGGUUAUGUUUGAUUAUGAUAAAUUUAAGUUUACCUACGGAUUUAAAUAAAAUUUGCGUACGAUUUUGUAAUAAAUGCCACCCUACUAUCAAUUACUCCUUAUGUUAAAACUAGAGUUAUUAAAUGUAUUUUAAUGUGGAUGCAGUAGCAAUGACGUUCUAUUUUAAGACUAAAGUAUUUGGGAUGGAUUGUGGCCAAAGGUUAAACUUUGAUUGAGUUUGGAUAUGAAUUAGUAACUGUGCAUUUGAUUUAGGCCGAACCUGCCCUUCUUGUGCUUUGUAAUGGAUGAAUUAAAGUUAAGAGCAGGAGAGAAAAUAGAGGCAUUCCAUGAUGCAGCAGUUGUUGCAGCCAACAGUAGCAAAAGCAGGUUUUAUAAUGUGCUUCAACAGACUGGGGAUGCCAUUGCUAGGCUCCGGGAGGCGUUCAAUGAGAUGUGGCACAAUGACCUCGUGACAGAAGGCAGGGCUCGCGCCGCCGCUUGGGCCCGGGAGGCGACGCGACGCAUACAAGAGGGCGCUCCGCCACUCUCACCCAUGAUACUAUACCAGGAACUAGUUACACUUUUCAAAGAUCAUGUGUGGCGACGUAGCUUAAUAAUAUUCCUGUGCGGCGCUGCGUUCGGCGGCAGCGCCGGGCUGGUGAUCGGCUUCCGAGUGGGCACGCGCGCGCCGAGCGGCCCGCACGCGCGCGCGCUUCACACGCAGAUAGAUCAGACUGUCAUACUCGUGGAGGACGCUGUAUCACCGGGUGCGGGAGUCGGCGAAGUGCUGGUCCGAGUGCAAGCGUUCAGCGUCUCGAGCGCAGACCGCGGCGUGCUCCGCGGCCGAGCUUCUGCGCUGCGCUCCCUGCUCACCAGCUCUCCCGUCACUGUGGGCAGGGGAUUCGCUGGGGUAGUUUUGGACGUGGGAGCUGGCGUGAGUGACCUGGAGAUGGGGGAUGAAGUUUGGGGAUGUGUGAGCGAAUGGAGCGGAGGAGCUGCGAAUGAAUUACUAGCCAUUAGAAGUACACGAGUGAGCAAACGACCACGCCACCUAGCGGCCGACACCGCCGCGUCGCUCCCGUGGGCGGGGACCCUAGCGCUGUCGGUCAUACACAAAAUACAAUAUAAUUUAAAUAAUUGUAAAGGAAAACGCGUGUGCGUGGUGGGCGCGGGCAGCGGCGAGGGCUGCGCGCUAGUGCAGCUGCUGAGCUACUGGGGCGCGCGCCUCACCGUCGCCGCGCCCAAGAAAGUGCAUCUCUCACUCAAAAACCUCGGUGCCCACGAGUUCAUCGACACGGACGGCAACGAGCUGGUGGCGCCGUCCUGGCUGCUGCUGGAACAGCACGCGAGCCGCACGGGCCCGUGGGACUGCGCCGUGUGCUGCGCCGGUGCGGGCGCGCCGCCCUUCCCGUUGCCAGGACCCAGCACGCUACUCAAAGCCACUGCGCCUCGCAGAGCUAUGGUGGAGCUGCGACCGCAGUCGCUGCUCACAGACCGCCUGCCCAUGCCCUUCUGGAUCUUGUUCACCGCCUCCUUCUAUACCAUAAGGAUUUGUAGGUGGCUGGUGGGAUGCGGUACUCACACAGACUGGCUGGAAGACAGGCAUCACCUGCACCCGGGCCUGGAAACAUUGCGACAGUUGGUGGAAUCCGGACAGUUGUCACCAGUUUUGGACAAAGUCUUCCUUCCGCAAGAAUUCGAGUCGGCGCUCGCACACGCCUGCAGAGAAGACGCAAUCGGCACCACAGUCAUCAGGUUCCCGUGAAUACAUACACAAUAUAUUAUACAGUGUAUUGUAGUGUACAAAUCGAAAUUGCUCAAAAAUUUUUCAUUCUGGAGAAACACAAAUCACACAAAUUGUAAUACAUAUUACUAAUAUUAUAAAAAUAAUCUGUAUUCUGUCAGUUUAGUUUUUUUUUUAUUCAAAACUUUGACUGAAUGAAAUUUAAACGCAAAUAACUUGUUUAAACACUUCAUUGUUUACGUUUUUGAUAUAUGCAAACUGACAGAAUAUUGCGUGUUUCUGUGCUUUUGAAACUGUAGUACGAGUGUGAAGACAGUUUUCGUACAUAAAAUACAAAUUGUAUUUUUAUAAUUAUUUUCGUUGAGUAUUUUAUAAUUUCUACAAGAUUUCAAUGAAUAUUGCUAUUAAUGAAAAACUCAAAAAAAGUGUAGGAAAAGCUUCUAUUUUUUCACUGCCAAAUACAUAAACUAUUUAUAUAGAAGUUACAUCCUACAGAUCCAUCCAAAUAAGCCAGGCCAGCAAAUAAGUAUAUAAUUUGCAUAAUUUUGUAUAGUAUCUAUACAAUUGUACAUGUAAAAGAAAGUCCUCCGCCGCGUUUGUCUGUCUGUCUGUUUCAAAGACUAUUAACAGAUUUAACAAUCGAUAGAGUGAUGUAUGAGAAAAGUUUCGGUACUUAAAUAAUUCAAAUGUCAAGGUUUUGUGACAUUGAUACAUAGAAAUUUGACAAUAAUUAUUGGAAGUGACGAAAAUAGCAAUCCUUUUUCGACGCCUUUUCCUAAAGUUUGCGAACUUUGAUCAAAAACGCUGCGUAAUCCCAUGGAAAUCUCUUUUAUGAGUAGGUAAAAAGCCCGCGAUGGCUUAUCUAUCUUUUAUGGCUUCACUAAUAUUAUUUUAUACUAGCUGAAUACAAGCUGUUUUACCCGCGUGGUUCCCGUUCCCGUAGGAAUACAUGGAUGAUAUAUCGCCUAUAGCCUUUCUCGAUAAAUGGGCUAUCUAACACUAAAAUAAUUUUUCAAAUCGCACCAGUAGUUCCUGAAAUUAGCGCGUUCAAACAAACAAACGCUUCAGCUUUAUAAUAUUAGAAUAGAUUCUAAAAAUAGGUCACGUUUAUCGAUUUCCCCGCGAACAAAGUCGCGGUUGUCUAAUAAUAAACAAUAAAUGCCUACCUGAUAAUACUAAUAUUAACCCUAAUUAGUAUAUUUAAAUAUUAAUAUUAACAAGGUAAAAAAUUACAGACGGAUUUUCAAAUUUUGCGUUUUAAAACAUGCGCAAUACAUUAUAAAAAUAAAUCUCACUAAAUUCUAAAUAUAUUUACGAUACACAAUAAUACAUAUACUUGUAAUAUGCCCUGAAUCCUAUGUGCGUUGAACUAUGCAAUAAAUAGUAUUAAAACCUGAAAUCGGACCUCAAACUAGUUUACCUGUAGACUCAAUUAUUUGUUAUACUAAGUUCUCAUUAAAAUAAUCCAGUAAAAUAAUGAAGACUUAGAACUUGUAUGUCCAAGAUUGGCCCUAAAAAAGCUUUGACUAAUCUAAUUUAAAGUAAUCCAAGUUAAAGAUUAUUUUGACUGUCUAAAUAUAAGCAAGAUUUCCCUUUAAAAGUUUUAGUCUGAUUGCAUAUAACUUCGGUGAAGUCAGGAGAACAAUGGGGAUAUUGAUUUUUAUGAUACAUUCGGGUAAAUAAGGUCAAUGUUAACUAAUUUAAACAUAAAAGCAAAGAUUGUCUGGAUAUUUGCAAAAUAAAUAAGAUUAUGAAAUUUCAAAAUCUAUUUAAAAUCUUUCAUCGUAAUUAGAUGUAAAUUCAUACAGUUUUAGAUUCCUUACAUUAUUUUUUUUAAUAUAAUAUGAACUAUAAACAUAAACACACAAAUAACAAAAAUAUUAUUAACUUUGUUUGAACGCCCAUACAAAUCUAACGAUCGUUAUGAUCUACGACGUCAUUAAUUCGUGCCAUUUUGUGUGGGGCGUUUUUCAGGCAGUGCCGCAAAUAUGACCCUUUAAAUCCCUGUAGCUCCGAAAGCAAUGAUCGCAGAUAUCCUGUUACUUUUACAAAUUGCUUUACUAUUAGCAUACUUCUAAUUUAUAUACAAAUUUAAAUUUAAAAAACUGCUAUCGUCCCUAUUGGUAGCCUUCACAUUGGAUGUGGACGCUCCCUUAAUAUUUGGGAGAUUGAAUUCAAGGUACUUAAUACGUUCGCUGCGACACUGAUUUACUGUACUUUCCUCUGAUGCGUUACGAGGUUUUUAGACCUCAUACUAAAACGUUAUGUGUGAUACGAGGUCCGACCUCGUAACUCUUGAAGACGCGGUACGAUUAAUUUGUAAUGUCAUCUGCCUCUGCGAUAUAUGACACCUUUCGUCAACACCAUUAUCAUCAUCAUCAUCAUCAUGGAUCGCUUCCUUAAAAUAUUGGGUAAAUCGUGCACUUGGUAUAUUCCUAGAAUUUUGGGCUCAACCACUAUGAGUACAUGAGCAUUACUUUAUUUUUGUCUUGCUGAUGUAAAUUAGGCUCACUUGUUGAGAUACUCUGUUGAUUUAGCUAUGUAUUUAUUUUUAUUUUUAACCUUUUGUUACCAUACAACUAUAUUUUAUUUCGUUAACAUUUUUUUUUUUAUUUUUAAAAUACAUGUUGUUAUUCCAAUACCUGAAUCUUUGGUAUUGUAUUUUGGAGACUACAGCCUUUCUUGAUGAGUACUGUUUAAAAAAAAACAAAAUAAAUUUUAUUUAUAAGCUAAGAACAAUUAGAUAUGGUUAAUAUAUUUUAUAUAACACUUUAUAAACAAACCAUACAUAUUUUAAAAUAAAUAAGUUAUGAAAUGACAUGCAUUUUCUACCUUCAUUUCUAAUUUAUUUGUUGGUAAACAGUACUCAUCAAGAAAAGCUGUAGUAUAAGUUAUAGACACCCAAAAAUAAUCUCUACCUAAAUGUGUAAGUAAAUAUAAUAUAACAAUAUUAAACUUCGUAGGGUAAUGAUUAAUAAAAUGUCUAACAAUGUUCCUUUACUAAAUGUUGAUACACAUAAUUUAUUUGUAAAUAGGUAAUAUUAUAUUUGAAUCAACAAAUAAAAAAUAGACUUAAUAAAAUCUAUAAAUGAAUAAAGUAAAAGACUGUACAAAUAUGUUAAUACAUUUUUAAAAAUUGGUAAUGUAUAUACCCAGGGCCGGACCGUCCAUACGGCGAAAGGAGCGGUCGCUCCAGGCGCCAAAUCCUAGGGGGCGCCGAAAUGGUAAAGACAAGAUCGAAAAGAAAUUUGUGUGAUGAAUUUACGUGCGCGAAAGGCGCCAUAAUUGGAUCUCGCUCCAUUCUAAAAUUUACCUCGGUCCGGCGCUGUAUAUACCUUUAUUGGUGCUAUUUUGUUAAAUUAGUCGGUUUUCAUUUAGCUCAGUUACCGGCAAUAUUUUCUCACAAAUUAUAUUUAUCUAUUCUAUUUAAUAUAAUAGGGCAGUUGACUCGUAUUAAAUUCAAUAUACCUAAACUGUAUGAGUUUCGUGUAGUACAUCCGAAAUAUCAGUUAAUAAAAGUUUCAAAAAGAAUGUCAUACAAACUAAAUUAUGUAUUUAUUCAAUUUUUCCAGACGUGAAAACCCUAUCGUCCAUUUUGUGACGUCACGAUGUUACUUGAUUUCACUAAAAGGAAUAAUCGUCAAACUAAUUAAUAACUAAUGAUUUGGUCAAACACUCCGUUUGAUUAAGGUUUACUGUUAACGUGACGUCAUGAAACAGUUAAAAUAUAUACUACUAUGGCGAAUAGCGUUUUGGCUUGUAUUGCCAAAAAAAAAAUUAAAAAUUGUAAUUUUUAUAUUCAUGUCUAAAAUUUUUUUUUUCAGUCUUGUAAAACUCUUUUUUUUUCAAUCUAGCAGAACACUAAUAAAUAAUUUAAAACUUUUAAAAAAAGUGUCAACUAGCCUACUAUAUUUAAACUAUACUUUUUUCGGUUUUGGUACUAUUUUUAGAAAUUGUAUAAAUCGUAAGUAAAUAUAAAAGUUUUUAAAUAUCUACAAAAUAUUACCUGUCUAACGUACGUAAAUG